AUGGCCGGAUUUUUCCGACGGCGGCAGCGUAGCUGCCUGUCUGGCAUCAUCUUGUGCGCUCUCGUGGUACUCUACGCCUCCGAGUCGGCUUUCGUCGGCCUUCCAUGGCCGAAGCCGCAAUCUGCCACCAGGCAAACGACGAGGUAUGAGUCUUCCAAGCCGUGGGAGGCUAGAGACACAGCAACAUCGAAUGUGGAAGCCAAACUUGAGGAGCACAUGAGCAUCCCAGAGAUCUUGAAUCGCUACGGCUUGCCGGCGCUCGUGUUCCACUUCGUGGUUUGGGUGUCAACCCUGGCUUCGCUGUAUUUUCUCUUCUGCUUCAACACCAGCCUUCUCCAGAUGCUUCCAGAGGAGAUCCAGCAGAGAGUUG